AUGGCACCUUUAACAAAGAAGAUAAGAGGAAAACGUUCCGCUAAAGAAGUUGGCUCCACGGAGAAGAAAUUAGCCAAGAAACCUAGAAUUUCUAUUGACUCGUCUGAUGAGGAAUUAGAACAGGCCAGUAGGAAGAACACUGAUUCUUCUUCAUCUGAAAAUGAUGAUUUAGAUAGUAGUGACGCGGGUGCAGAAGACGAAGAUGUUGACGAAUUAGAUAUUUCUGAUGACAGUGAUGAAGAUGAUGACGAAGGUAAGGACGAGGACAAGGAAGGAAAAGAUAAAUCCGAGGGAGGUGAAGGUGGUAACCAUACCGAACAGAGAAAACUAUUAAAGGAAAGAAAAAUGCAAAGAAAAUCUGGUACCCAAGUUCAACAAAUUAAAUCUGUCUGGGAAAGAUUACGUGUAAAGACUCCACCUCUACCAAAGCAAAUUCGUGAAAAACUAUCCAAUGAAAUUUGGGAACUAUCCAAGGAUUGUAUCAGUGAUCUUGUCUUAAAGCACGAUGCUUCUCGUAUUGUUCAAACGCUAGUCAAGUAUUCCUCCAAAGAACGUCGUGAGCAGAUCGUCGAUGCUCUGAAGGGUAAGUUCUAUGUUUUAGCCACAUCUGCAUACGGUAAAUAUCUACUGGUUAAAUUACUGCAUUAUGGCUCUAGAACUUCAAGACAAACUAUAAUAGACGAAUUACACGGUUCAUUGAGAAAAUUAAUGAGACAUCGUGAAGGUGCCUAUGUUGUUGAAGAUUUAUUUGUUCUUUAUGCCACCCAUGAACAAAAACAACAAAUGAUUAAAGAAUUUUGGGGUUCCGAAUAUGCUGUAUUCAGAGAAACCCACAAAGAUUUAACUAUAGAAAAAGUUUGUGAAAGUAGCGUUGAGAAAAGAAAUAUUAUUGCCAGAAAUUUGAUCGGUACCAUUACCGCAUCAGUUGAAAAAGGUUCUACCGGCUUCCAAAUUUUACAUGCCGCUAUGAGAGAAUAUGUGAAAAUUGCCAACGAAAAAGAAAUUUCUGAUAUGAUCGAAUUACUCCAUGAACAAUUCGCUGAGUUAGUGCACACUCCAGAAGGUUCCGAUGUUGCUUGUACUUUGGUUGCCAGAGCUAAUGCCAAGGAAAGAAAACUGAUUCUAAAGGCUUUGAAAAAUCACGGGGAAAAAUUAAUCAAGAAUGAGUAUGGUAAUAUUGUUUUCAUUACUAUUUUGAACUGUGUUGACGAUACAGUUUUGGUAUUCAAGACUUUCAGUCCUACUGUUAAGGAACAUUUACAAGACUUCAUAAUCGAUAAGUUUGGUAGAAGACCAUGGCUAUACAUUCUAUUAGGUUUAGAUGGUAAAUAUUUCUCUCCCAUUGUCAAGAAUGAACUAUUGAGAUACAUUAAAUUAUCCGAAGCCACUUCCAAGAAGGAUCCUUUACAGAGAAGACAAGAACUUUUAUCCAGAUUUGCCCCCAUGUUCUUGACCACCAUAUCAAAACACUACUCUGAUAUAUUAAGAGAAAACUUAGGCUGCCAAUUCAUUGCUGAAGUCUUAAUAAACGAUGAGUUGUACGCCCAGUUGAGUGAAAAAGAUCAAGGAAAGUAUCAAGAUGUCUUGAGCGACAUUCUAACCAUCUUUAAAGGUGACAUAACUGAAGAAGAACAUCCAAUACAUAGAGCCUUCUCUACUAGAUUAUUGAAGGCGUUAAUUCAAGGUGGUAAAUGGAAUAACAAGGAAAGAAAGGUUGAACCUCUAAAGAAUGUUCAAGGAUUAGGCGUCUCAUUUGCUCACAAAUUAUACGACGAAAUUAUCAACUCUUCCAAUUUAUUGGAAUGGAUCAAUAAUGCCGAUAGUUCAUUCACAAUUGUGGCAUUGUAUGAAACGUUGAAAGAUCAAAAGGAAGGAAAGCUAUUUUUGAAGGAUUUGAAAGAAGUUCAAAGUAAUAUAAUUACUGACGAAAAUAAUAAAGGAUCUCACCUUCUGCUUAAACUCUUAAAAUAG